AAAAGACGAGGCAAGGAAACUCGCAUCUCAACUUCUGAAAACUGGGUGCAGGAUUCUGCCAGAAUUUGCGGGUAUUCAAGGUUCAGUCUGUGUUCUGUCCACAAACUAUGGUAUCUUGUCCAGCAGUAAUAUCACAAGUUCAGAGAAAGUAUGCGGAAUAUGGGGAGACAACAGUGCAACAGAUGCCACCUGAGGUUCUUUAUUGUGCACUGGUCUGUAGGCUUCAAGGAAUGUCGGAUGUUUAUUUACUUGUGUAAUUGAUUUAAAUGUUUUUUUGGUGUGGUGGUGUGGUGUGAUCGCAACCUGGAAUCGGCAAAGGCAGAGAUUGCUUGGGCUAUUCGUUGGGUUUAGAUGGAGGUAGAGAGAAGCACGUUACAAGGGUGCGUACUUGUGGUUGUUGGCAGUGGUCUCUGGUUAACAGUAUUAGGUCGUCGUCCAAUCAAAGAGUGGUUGCUUCAAAGUGUUAGGAUCGGGUAUAAUUUCAGAAUUUCUGGACGUGCGAAUUUGGAUCGCGGAGGUCGUGGCUGAUGACAGUAUGUCUAAUUUUGAGCAGUCGGUGUUGAUGGUUUCUGUCUUGUGUGUAAGCUCAUUUUGUCUCGAGCGAAGCUUUUAUAGCGGUGGUCUGUAAAUGAGGUUGUUCAGGGACAGACACCUUGAGAUGCGGAGCUGGGAAGCACUCAUGGUAAGACGAACUGUUCUUCAGCAGAUGGUCAAGGAAAUUUCUUCAGAAGCGAGGUUGUUGAGUUUUUAGUACUGCAGUGCAGCAGUCUUUCACAAAAUCGAAGUGUUCAUUAGAGCAAAAUUUUCUGUAUGAGGAAAUGACAGUGGAAAAUAGGGAUUCAAAUGCGUCCAAAGAUGCUACUUCUAUGGACAAUCCGUGGGAUCAAGGAGAGUUGAGCCGAACCUGCGGAGAUGAAAUUAGAGAAUCGAGAGGUGAGAUGAAGAAUGGUAAGAAAUCGAGGCUGGAAAGUAAUGGAGGAGUGCGUAACUCCAAAGACGAGGUAGAGAUUGAGAGUGCGCCGGUCACGAUCAGGGAUUUGCUAAGUGAUAGUCAAAUUAAGAGGCCGGAGCCCAAAAGUGGUGGUGAUUUGGAGCCGGACACUUAUAAACAAGAGAGCUUCCGGUCGUGGUCCUUCAGAAGUUUGUUGGGUAGUUAUAGACGUAACAAUGAAAGCCAUGAUGUGUCGAAUUCCAGCGUCCCGAACCCAAACAUGCCUAAGUCUAGUCCGUCACCAAGCAGGAAUUCUACGAAUGGGAAAGUGGAGAGUAAUUCUAGCCCGUUACAGCACGGAUCACCGCUGUCACAGGGGUCACCGCUGAGGCAAGGAUCGCCGAUUGUGAUGAAACUACUGACUCCAACGAUGUCUUUCGCCCGAAUUAAAGAUGAGAAGGAGGAGAAGUCGAGAAUGAUACCUUCAACUGAGGGACUGGAGUUGAAGGAUGGCAUCAAGCUUCCCCUGAUAGGAGAAGUAAGGUGGGAGGAUCUAAAGCAGCAAGCAAUUAUGUGGCUGAAAAAUCCAAAGAACUUGGUGUUGCUGCUUUGGAUAAUUGCGGUAGCUGUCUCAGGAGCUAUCUUGUUCAUGGUCAUGGUUGGAAUGUUGAAUGCAGUUCUCAAGAAGAAGAGUGAUCGUGAUCUUUGGUUUGAGAUUUCAAAUCAGAUUCUGAAUGCGCUUUUUACCCUCAUGGCACUCUACAACCAUCCCAUAAGGAUCCUUCACUUGGUCUACUUGAUUCGUUACAACCCUACAGACAUUAUCAAGCUCCGGCGAAGUUACUGCAAGGAUGGGCUUCGGAAACCACAUGAAUGGGCUCACAUUUUAGUGGUGGUGCUCCUUCUGCAUUUGAAUUGUAUUGCGCAGUAUUGUCUCUGUGGUCUCAACUGGGGCUACCGGAGAUCAGAUCGUCCUGCAUUUGGUGUGGCCAUCACCCUUCUGGUCUCAUUUGGGGCAGCUGCUGCUGCUGGGAUUUACACCUCAUUGAGUCCUUUGAGAAGAGAUUAUUUUGCAGUAGGUGAUGGUGAUGAUGAUGGGGCUAUGCGCGAGAAGGAUGAUCUUCUUGUGGACAAAAUGGAGAGGGCCGAGUCUGGAGGGCACUCGUCUUCAAACCACCCAUCUUUGUUCAAGCUGCACAAUCCCAAGUACAAGCUAUUAGAGAAAAGCAAGUCUUUCAGAUGUCGAGAAGGAAGACCUGUGCCAAAUCCGCAAUGGGAAGGUGGCGUGUUUAGCUUUUACGAUGAGCCCACCAUUAGCAUCCUAACCAUAAUUUGCUUCCCUUGUGUAAUGGGAUUUAAUUAUGAGAGGCUCGGAUUCGGUAACCGCUAUGUGCAUAUUGCAACUUUCCUCCUCCUGCUGGGUGCGCCGUACAUGGUCUUUAAUCUGGCAGCAAUCAACAUCAACAACGAACCCGUGAGAACAUCCUUGGGAGUAGGUGGAGCUGUGCUGUGUGUCUUCAGUUUACUCUAUGGGGGCUUUUGGCGGAUCAAGAUUCGAGAGAGAUACAACUUGCCUGCACAUGCAUGGUGUUGCAACAAACCCAACAUGAGUGACUGUUUCAUAUGGCUUUUUUGCUCCUUAUGCUCUCUAUGUCAGGAGGUCCGCACAGCAGAGGCUUAUGAUGUUCGGAACGACACAUUCUUCUCCAGAUCUCUAGUCAAGCCAAAUACCUCACGAAACCCACCUGAUUCUGGAAUAACAAGCAGCGCGGUGCCAGGUCCAGCUCCCUUUCUUCACCCUCCUUCGAGCUCCGUAAUGGUGGCACCCCAAGUGCAAGACUCAUUCCUACGUGAGCAAAUUGGGACACAAUUGCGAGACAUGCCUGAUAGUUCUUCUACAUUCUCCCCUUCACCUGGCUACAAGGUGAAUUGCAUCCCAGAUGCUGAAGUAAAAGGCAUGUCUCCUCAAGGUCGAUGACAGAAGCUGUGAAGGCACCUCUGCAAACGCAUGCAACAAGGACAAUAAGAAUGGAGAGUCUCAGGGAGUUGUGUGUGAAUUUCAUUCGUUAAAACAGACAUAAACCAAUGGGUAUGUUUCAUACUAAAUUCACAUGAAAUGUAAUGAAACGUAAUGAAAUGAAGCAUUCAUUAGUGUAUUCAACUA